GAACUCGCAAACCACAGGAGAAACAAGCAAAAUCAAAAACGGUUCCGUCGCCACCGUGUAGGUUUCACGGGCACGGCUGCGGCACCGCAUUUCUUAUUAUUAUUAGUGUCGUUGGUGUUGUUGUCUUUUACCAUUCCACGCGCUUACGUGUGACAUAGAGAGUCUGGCGGGGGGGGGGGGCGUGCGUACGAUUGUGCGGAGUGCAUCUGCGUCCCUCCUUGUUCUCCACAGAGAAGAGUGGGAGGGCAAUGGUGUACCUCCGCGCCAUCACCCCAGCUCUGUGCGAGUUGCUGGACGAUGCCGCGACAGCGCCGCAGACGGCGGCCGCAGUCCGCGCGUUUGGCGAGCAGCGCCUGCGCAGCCUCGUCCACACAGAGAUCCCUUCCCUGCUCGACAACGCUCUGUGGGUUUUUCUUAUUUCGCUCGAGCAGCUCCUCCAACGCCAAGGUGCAGCACUCCACCAUGACAGCACGACGGCGUCCCUUCCACGCCAGCUGCAGCUGCCGUCAUCCAUCGCAACGGUGCAAGCCGCCGUUCGCUGGUACGGCGGAGAGCUGGACCUGCCCCUUCUCCAUUCCCCCGCCGCGGGUGUUGGAAGCACAGCGCACGAAGAUGUGACGGACCCGUCGUCGUCGCCUCGUGCGAAGGCGCAGGCACCACCACCGACGACGCACCGCUCCCUCUUCAGUGAUACACCUUCCACGCGGCACGAUGCGGUACGGCUUGAUGCGCUUCUUCAGCACAGACACCAAGCCCCUGUCACCGCCGCAGCGUCUACGACCACGCUGGCAGCUACGGACUCGCCUGGCAACGGGCCAGCAAACGCAAAAGACACCUUCACUGGGCCGCUCGCAACGGUUCAGUUGGGGCUCGAAGCGCUGUCCAACCCCAAACGUGCUGCUGCCCUCCGCCAGCCGCGGUCUCUUGCCCUUGUGGUACGCAACCUCGCCGCUCUGUGGAGUCUCGUGUACCUGUGCAAGGAGCUGCGCGCACGACAGCUGCGCCAGGAGGGCCUGCUGAGAGGGGAUGCCGUCACCACUGCUGCUGCGGGCCCCGCGCGUGCCGCCACCGUGUGCUUUCAUGACUACGAUCUGCUCCUGCCGUGGGACCUGGUCUACGCCGUUCUCACAGACAGCUCGAGCGCCGGAUCGGCGGCAAACGAGGCGACGACGACGCAGAAGAAGAAGUGUACGCCGCUGACGAUGGCGGCCGUCGCUGCGCGCUGUCGUGCGCUUGCUGAUCGUCACGCUGCGCCCCAGUCCACAUGCAGCGAAGCGGACGAAGCGGGCCCGCAGCAGAGCGGGCCGCCACCGCCCAUUUCUCUCGUCAUCAACCCCGCAGUGACCGUUGUGGGCGACAACCCGACGCGCCUGCGCAAGAACGCGCGCAUCGACGCCAUCGAGGCCGCGGCAAACAGGUACUACUACUCCCUUCUUGCGACCAGCGCGCACGGCCAGGAGGGGCGUCCUUCUCCGUCGUCUACAGCAAGUACAUCGACGGCGUCCGCGGCGGCGCAUCACGAGGCCCUGCGCAGCUCUCUUGCCUCUGUGGACUUGGGCGACUACGGGGUACUGGACCCCUCCCGUAUGCACGCCUGCGUGCCGCUCCGAGCAACGACCACGGGCUUCUCAGCGGCCUCGUCCUCUGCUAUUUCAGCUGGAAGUAGCGGUGGGGACUUGAAGACGGAGCGAGCUGCCAAGUCCUACGCGUUGUUCCUGCGCGACGCCUCCAUUGGCUUCGAUAUUCAAAUCAUGGCCGUGACCGGGGCAGGGGUGGGCUACUACCUCGGUUACCUGCGCGGCCUCAACGCGGAAAGCUGCACCCUCUACGCGGUGGUCGGCCUCGUGGCGAUGAUGUUGGUGGACGCCGUGCUCAUCAUGAUUCGCAUAGGACGGCAAGACGAGGCGGCUCGGAGGUCCCGCGCACGCAUUCGACGGCAGCGCGAGAAGCUGGAGAAGGAAGGGGAGAGGAUAGUCCAGGCGAUGCACCGCGCAGCAGAUAGCGGGGAAGGUCAGGUGCGUACUACCGUGGAUCCGGCGAGGCUAGCGGGCGUAGACGCGUAUACGAAGAAGCGGCAGUGA